AUGGAUGUGACAAAUCGCACAACAGUAACGGAGUUCAUCUUCCUUGGCUUUUCGGGUGUUCCACAACUCCAGCUCACAUUGUUUGUGCUGUUUCUCACAGUGUACUUGCUUUCCCUCAUGGGAAACACACUCAUCAUUUUCAUUGUUCUCUUGGACAGUACACUCCAGACACCCAUGUACAUUUUCUUAGGAAACUUGUCCUUUCUGGAGAUCUGGUAUACCACAGCCACAGUGCCCAAACUGUUGGCCACCUGUGUGUCACAGGUUGUGACCAUCUCCGUGGCUGGUUGUAUAGUGCAGUACUACUUCUUCUUCUCCAUGGGGGCUACGGAAUGCAUUCUCUUGGCGGUGAUGGCCUAUGACCGGUAUGUUGCAAUAUGCAACCCUCUUCGCUACUCUAUCCUCAUGAGUCUUCAGAUUUGUCUGAGGUUUUCAGCAGGAUCCUGGAUUGGGGGCUUCAUUGCCCCACUCCUACCUACCAUACUCAUCUCUUAUCUCAACUUUUGCGGCCCCCAGAAGAUCAACCAUUUUUUCUGUGACUCAGAUCCAAUUUUCAAACUCUCUUGUUCAGACACAUUCUUAGUAGAGGCCUUGGGCUACACAUGUAGCUCUGUGGUGAUUCUAAGUUCUUUCCUUCUUACUAUGUCCUCCUAUUGGAACAUUGUGCUCACAAUAAUCAGACUUUCUUCCCGGGAGGCUCAGAAGAAAGCAUUUUCUACAUGUGCCUCCCACCUGUCUGUGGUUACCAUCUACUAUGGCACCAUUAUCUUUGCCUAUGUCCGACCUCCAGCUAAAUACAACUUCACGAUUGGCAAAGUGGUGUCAGUAUUCUACUGCGUGGUCACACCAUUGUUAAAUCCUCUAAUCUAUACCCUGAGAAACAAAGAUGUGAAGGAAGCUUUCAGAAAAACUCUAGAACGAAAAAGAUUGCUCUGGGCCAGAAACUUGUAA